AAGUUGAAAAGAGAGAAUGUGGAAGGGGAGGCAUCAUCUUAUUGUUAUCCAUAAAGAAGAAUGGAGGCAGGGAUGCAAAUAGCAGUUCCCAUAGCGGGAAUUGUAGCUGCUGCUGCUCUUACUUUCUAUGCUGUCAGCUUUGCUGAGAUUCGAGAGAAAUCUUUUAGGGAGUCGGAUGAUGAUAAUGGUGAAGUGUUCAGGCCAACUCUUAGCUCUAGGGAACGAAGAGCCAGAAGAAAAGCUGAAAAACAGGCCAAGAAUUGACCAUCAAAUCAACUCUUUAUUUUGCUGCUUAGUCUCACAAUUCUCACCUCCAUCUUCAUGGGAAUACCUUCAACAUCUAUUUAUUAGUCCAUACACGAAUUACUAUCUCCUCUCUCUAGUUCUGAAACUCUUGCUAAACUUAUUAGAGACCACCAUGGCUUAUCCGUAAAAGUGUUUAUCUCA